UGAUAUUUUUUUAAGAUCUAUGUUGAAUCAAUUAAUGUAUGUACAGAAUAAAUUAUUUCUUCCUUUUAAAUUAUUAUUAAGAUCAUUAUUAUUAUUAUUUUAUAAUCAUUUUACAUUUUUAUCAUGAACCUUCUAAUAUAAAUAUUACCGGUAUAAAACAAUUCCUAUUGGUUUUAACCUUAUUUGCUUUCAUGAUUAUGAUUGGUUAAUCUGUCUGUCAUUCAUGAAACUGGCCAAUGAAACUGUGCGCGCCUAUUUCAUUUUGAAAAUAUGACCGUUAUCCUGACCGUCUUUCUGAUUGCGAGACUGACCAAGAGAAGAGAGCACGAUAGAAAGUGAUCUGCGGCCGCGGGACCUAAAGCAGUCGGGCCAGUGCUCGGUGGCUCCCUUGCGUCAAUAAAUGAGGUCGGCCAUACACCUGAAGCGAGAUUUCUUCCUCAGUCACGUGUCCAGUGCUCGCUCUGAGCUCUUCAUCAACCUGCGGGAGGUGAGCUCACGCUUUCGUUUGCUGGCCGGAGAGGACAUCGUGUUGUCCACUUUCGAGCCCAGCAAAGAGGGAGACUUCGUGCUCAGAGUUUUCUCAGAGAAACCAGCCAACUCACAGCUGGUGUUUGUGCAACCAUCAGUUCUGAAAACCUUCUGAGAGAAGAUUGUGCAGGAAGUAUUGCUGACCGUAAUCUUGAGAAUCUUGAUCUGGAUGACCACUGAUGACACUGAAACUGGCUCCUCUUCAGAUGAAAUCAGAGAGUUAUGGAGUGAUUUGGCAAAAUGGGCGGUUCUGAACAAAACAACACGGACAUCUGUAGAUGAGCUCCUUUCUGUGCUGAGACAUUGGCUGCCUAAGGAUGCCAGAACACUUUUGGGGACACCUCGCCAUGUUGAUGCACAGAAUUUUGUGGUGGUAUUUCGGUCUUGAGUCUAGGCUUCUGAAAGUAUGUUCACAGUACCCAGAGAAAAUUAUGUUGAGAGAAAAUCAUGUCCUUCUCAAUUUUAACAUUUAUGGUUUGUCAGUGUUACGGUUUAUGUAUUUUUGGUCAAAGACUUAAUCAAGUUUCCUAACGAUAUUUGUAAUUAUUUUUAUAAGCUAUUCUGUGAAUGAUUGCAGUGUGUAUGAAAUUUGAAUGAAAAGCUUUUUCCCUCUGCAGUCUGAAAUCAUUAAACCCUUAAGAAAAUG